UGACGAAAUCCCGUAGCAACUACAAGUUCCUUACUCGCUAUACGUUGUCGUAAAUACGCUGUGUAGAACAGACACUGUGGAUCUUUGCUCACUGAAGCAGCAGUUCACCUGCUGCUUUUACAUGAGUCUUUUCUUCCAGUCCGUGUGUCGCAUACCUGCAGGAGGAUGCUCGCGGUCAGCCGAGUGAUGCGGUGUUCCAGUCGGUCUGUUCUGUCUACACUCUGUACUCACCGACCACUGACCACUGUCACAGUCAGGACAGGACAGUCAUCCCAGAGGCAGCCUGGUCUGGGUGUGGUGUUUCCAGCUGACAGGUGUGGAGCUGCUCUGAGAUCAUGGAGAAGAUUAUCAAGUAGUCCGAGUGUCAGAGGUGACGCCGUGGGUCAGAUCCAGUCAAAACACUAUCAGCUCAUCUACACAUGCAAGGUGUGUUCCACCCGAUCCAUGCAGAAGAUAUCAAAGGUGGCUUACCACAAAGGUGUCGUGAUAGUGACAUGUCCGGGAUGUAAGAAUCAUCAUAUCAUCGCUGACAACCUUGGCUGGUUCUCUGAUCUAGAGGGGAAGAGAAACAUUGAGGAAAUUCUUGCCGCCAAAGGUGAGACGGUGAGGAGAGUUGAAGGAAAUGCUGCUUUGGAGAUAGUAAUGGAUGAAUCCAGCAAAGACAAGUCACAGACUGACGAAGACUCAGAAAAAAACUUAAAGGGUGACCCAGAAAAACAGUAAAGCUUUGUAUGUAUAUGUAAUAUAUGUAUAUUGUAAAAUUGUUUAAUUGAUUAAUAAAUAUUUUUUUGAUCACUUACCU